AUGAGUAUAUUAAGGGCUACUCACAUGAAAGGUUUUUCAACUAUUUUCAUCACUAUAUUAUUAUUAUUAUUAUUAUUAUCAUUUUCAUUUUCAAUAAAAGAAGAAGCUUCAAAUGUACAAGAAGUGCCAUGUUUUUUCAUAUUUGGAGAUUCACUUGUUGAUAAUGGUAAUAAUAAUUUAUUAGAUACCUUCGUUAAAUCUAAUUACUUGCCCUACGGUAUUGACUUUCCUUUUGGACCCACCGGACGAUUUAACAAUGGUCGAACUGUUGUUGAUGUUUUGGCUGAAUUACUAGGAUUUACAAAUUUUAUUCCACCAUUUUCAAUUGCAAGUUUUAAUGAUUCAAUAAAGGGUGUCAACUUUGCAUCUGGAGCUGCUGGCAUUAGAGAUGAUUCUGGCAGGUUUUUGGGAGUAAAUAUUCCAAUGAAUGGACAAAUAAACAACUUUGCAAUAGUAGUUGAUAGAAUGAGGGAGUAUUUUGGUGGGAAUUGGAAGAAUUUCCAAAAUCAUAUUAGCAAAUGUAUUGUUUAUUCUGGAAUGGGAAACAAUGACUACCUCAACAACCUUUUGGUUCCUCAGUGGCUCAAUUCUUCUUCUUCAACCCAAUUUUCUCCUCAACAGUAUACUGACAUACUCAUCCAACAAUAUUCACGUCAACUUAAGGUUUUGUAUAGGCUUGGAAUUAGAAAGGUGAUUGUUACUGCAAUUGGACAAAUUGGAUGCAUACCUAUCAUGAAAUAUAUGAAUGGGUCCCACUAUUAUUGUAAUGAGAAUCUUAACUAUUAUGCGAAGAUAUUUAAUUCAGCCUUACGAGGCCUUGUUGAUAAAUUUAAUUAUGGUCACCUGCCUGGAGCCAAGUUUGUGUACUUGGAUCUUUUUCAAGGGGGCGUAGAAUUAAUCGAGAAUAAAUCAUUAUACGGUUUAGAGGUAGUAGAUAAAGGAUGUUGUGGAGAGGGGACAUACCUUUGGAAGUUGACAUGCUUUCCAUGGCAAACUCCUUGUGCAGAUCGGCAAAAGUACUUCUAUUGGGAUGGAUAUCACCCAACUGAAGUGGUUCAUGCAAUAAUUGCCAAUAAAGCAUACACCUCCAAUUUGUAUUCUUACCCAAUUAACAUAAAGGAUUUAGCAAUGCUCUAAUAAGUUUUUAUUCUUUUUUACUCAUUCAGCUUUUACAAUGUAAUACUUUUCUUGUGGUUUGAAAUGUACUCCACAGUGUAAUACUUGUAUUUUUUUACUCUAACAAUAUAUGCGGAUCAAGAA